UGUUGCAUUCCAGGGCAGCACAUGCGCGGUCCCCGUCCUCCCACAGCCUACUUUCACUCAGGAAAGAGGAAGUCGAGGAACAAAAUAACAUUUCCAUUUCCUCAUGCUGCCGGUUUUCCCCAGGUAGGCUCGAUAAAUAAGAGUGGACCGACCACGAUGCUAAGUUCAAGCCGAGCGCUGCCGCCUGUUCACAGUCACGCAAAGAGGAGAGAGCCGCGAUGGAGCCGAAGCAGAUCCUUCUCCUUCUACUGUCCCUGGUACCGCUGUGCACCAGCAAGUGCUUCAAUGAGGACGAGCUGGAGGAGGUCGCCAACAAGAAGCUGGGGACGUUGCACAAGCAGCCGGCGGAGCCGAGGGUGCCCAACAUCAGCGCGGGCUGCCCCGUGGGGCUGUACCGGCGGCUGCCGUCCGUGUCGCUCGAAGACCGGUCGCUGUCCCCGUGGAGAUACGUACACGUCACCAAGGAGGACCAGUUCCCGUCCACCUACGUGGAGGCGCAGUGCCUGUGCUACGGCUGCAUCCAGAUCAGGGACAGGCACCACAGCUCUCCCACCGUGGUGGAGACGCACGACUACAACUCGGUGCCCAUCCAGCAGACCAGGAUGUUUCUGAGGAGGGAGCCGUGCCUGGACGAGCAGGGCACCCGGACCAAGUACCGCCUGACUCCGGUCUAUGAGAAGGUGGUUGUGGGCUGUACCUGCGCCAGGGUCAAGACCUCCUCGUAGACCUGCGACGGCUGCUUGUCUGAGACGCACCAAGUUCUCUGUGUGAAGCUGUGCAGCUCUCUGCUGUUCUCUGUUUACGCUGCACGUGAUGUAGUGUGACCUCUGUGCACCUCUUCAUACUGAUGGCUCUGUCAUCGAGAAAAAUGGCUAUUGUGUAGUUGUUUACAAUAAUUUAAUAUUUGAGUACUUCUCUAUUUAUUGACUUAUUCUUAUUGUUAUUGACAGGUUGAAAGAUGUAUUUAUUUAUAUAUAUAUAUAUAUAUAUAUAUAAUAUUGUCCC